AUGACAAAACUGUGGCGGGCCCUGUGCCUUCUGGUCCUACUCUGCACCGCGUCACCGCUCAGCUCCGCCACCAGCCACCCAGACCCAUCAGCCGCAGAGCAGACGGUCACCUUCAGCAACGUCUAUAAAAUCGACAUCCCGGGGAGCUCGAGUUGUAAACUCGAGCUCCUGCCAACGCAGGACGAAACAGGUCAGCAGAUGGAGACGACGACGAAUAGAGAGAACGACAUCAUCUUCAGACACAACAUCAAGCUGCAGAUGCCAAAGUGUGACUGUCAGGAGUCUGAAAGCUUCAAGUCCCUGUUGUACAGAGUGAACGGGCUGGAGGAAGAAGUCACCUACCUGAAGACCCAGUGUACUCAGGGGGGUUGUGGAAGCGGUGGAGCUGCAGGCGUGGACACAAGCUGCAGUGGCCAUGGUGCCUUCCAGCCGCACGCCUGCAGCUGCCUCUGUAACCCAGGGUGGGAAGGCCCCGAUUGCUCCGCCUCGUCCUGCCCUGACGAGUGCAACGACGACGGCCGCUGUGUGAAUGGGAAGUGUGUGUGCCACCAGGGCUACGCGGGAGAGGACUGCAGCCAUCCCACGUGUCCAGACAACUGCAACGACAAGGGACGGUGUGUGGAUGGGAAAUGCGCGUGUUUCCCGCACUUCACCGGCGAGGAUUGCAGCGUCCAGAAGUGUCCCGGCGACUGCGUCGGUAACGGACAGUGUGUGGAUGGCCAGUGCUUCUGUGAAGAGGGCUUUCAUGGCGAAGACUGUUCAUUGGUCGACAGUCCUCAGGGUCUGCGCUUGGUCCAGAUGACUGACGUUUCCCUCCUGGUUGAGUGGGAGUCAGUUCGUGGGGCAGAGCAUUAUAUUCUGACAUACCAUCCCAAAAAUGAUGAGAGUACCCAGGAGCAUAUUCGUGUUUCCAACACAGACAGCUCCUACCUCAUCUCAGGUCUGACUCCUGGAGUCACUUACAUUGUCCAGGUGUUUGCUGUCAUCAAAGAUAUCCAAAGUGAAGCAGACAAGAUGGAAGCUACCACAGAUGUCUCUGCUAUUGAUGGCAUCAGAGUCCUUGGCCACACAGAAGUCUCUAUCCAGCUGGACUGGAAGAACCCGUCAGCCGACGUGGAUCACUUCAGGCUCACACACACUGACCCUUCAGGACAGGAGGCAGGGCAGAGCAUACAGAGGAACCAAGAGGCGCGCACCAAACACACUAUAGUUGGUCUUUUUCCAGGAACAGAGUACCAGAUCUCGGUGCAGGCCAUCAAAGGAAUCACUGAGGGAAAAGCGUCCUCCGUCAUUGGUGCCACAGACAUCGAUGCUCCUACCAAGCUGAUCACCACUGAAGUAACAGAGGACACUGCGACAGUUUCAUGGGAUCUCGUCCAGGCAGAAAUAGGUGGCUACAUGUUGAGCUACACCUCUGCCGGAGGCUCCAGCGCCGAGAUCCCCGUCGGACGUGACAGCACCUCGUACCGGCUGGUUGGCUUGAAGCCUGGAGUUCUCCACACUGUUUACAUCUGGGCCUUCAAGGACAACUACGUCAGCAGGAAGAUUUCAACAGUCGCUGAAACAGAGCUGGACGCUCCUACUAACGUCUCGGCACAAGAUGAAACAGAUUGUAGCUUCAGGGUGUCUUGGGAUCACGCCCAGGCAGAAAUCGAUGGCUACGUCCUCGGCUACAGCUCUUCAGAGGGCUCAAGUGAGGAAAUCCCCGUCCGGUCUGACAGCACCUCGUACACGCUGACUGGCCUGAGGCCUGGCGUCCUCCACACUGUCUACAUUUGGGCCAUCAAGGGGAGCAAAGCCAGCAGGAAGAGCUCCACACAAGCCGAGACAGAACUGGAUGCUCCCGCUCACCUCUCAGCCCGAGAUGAAACGGAGUCCAGCUUCAGCGUGUCAUGGGCUCCAGCCCAGGCUGAAAUAGAUGGCUACAUCCUCACCUACAACUCCUCUGAUGGCGCUAGUGGGGAGAUCCCAGUCGGGCCUGACAGCACCUCUUACAUGCUGACUGGUUUGAGGCCUGGGGCCUUCUACACUGUCUACAUCUGGGCUACUAAAGGAAACAAAGCCAGCAGGCAAAUCUCAACACACGCUCAGACAGAACUGGAUGCUCCUGCUAACCUCUUAGCCCGAGAUGAAACAGAGUCCAGCUUCAGCGUGUCUUGGGAUCCAGUCCAGGCGGAAAUUGAUGGCUACGUCUUAAGCUACAGCCCCUCUGAGGGCGCUAGUGGGGAGAUCCCAGUCCGGUCUGACAGCACCUCGUACAUGCUGGCUGGCCUGAGGCCCGGUGUCCUCUACACUGUCAACAUCUGGGCCAUCCAGGGGAGCAAAGCCAGCAGGAAGAUUUCAACAAAUGCUGAGACAGACAUUGAUCCCCCGAAGGAGCUGAAGGCGACAGAUGUGACUCUGGAGUCUGCGUUAUUGACCUGGGUUCCUCCUCUUGCUGACAUUGAGGGUUACGUUCUCAUCUACAGAGAUGAGGACGGCAACAUGGAGGCGGUUGAAAUGCAGCUUGAUGCUGGCCAGAGACGUUUUGCUGUAUCCAGCUUGGAGACGGGGAAGAGAUACAUCGUCAGCAUCGCUGCCUACAGGGGAGACAAGAGGAGCGAGGCGGUGGAGACCACCUUCAGAACAGUUGGCCUCCUGUACCCCUUCCCCAUGGACUGCAUUCAGAUCAUGAAGAAUGGCAAUAAGGAGAGUGGAGUCUACACCGUCUAUGUUCACAACGACCGCUCCAAACCGAUUGAGGCUUACUGCGACAUGGAGACCGAUGGAGGCGGCUGGCUGGUGCUCCAACGACGCACCUCUGGCAAACUGGACUUCAUGAAGCGCUGGAGACAGUACAUCGCAGGGUUUGGCAACAUGACGGAUGAGUUCUGGAUUGGUCUGGGUAAGAUUUAUGAGCUCACCAACACACCGACCCAGUACGAGCUGAGGUUUGACCUGGGAGUGGGUGCUGAGAGAGCCUAUGCUGCGUACGACAACUUUAAGAUCGCACCGGUCAAGCAGAAAUUCCAAAUCACUAUCGGCAAAUACAGUGGCACAGCAGGUGACGCUAUGACCUACCACCAAGGCCGACCCUGGACGACUGUGGAUAAUGAUAACGACAUCGCCCUGGGGAACUGUGCCCUGGUCCACCGCGGCGCCUGGUGGUACAAAAACUGUCAUCUUGCCAACAUCAAUGGAAAGUGGGGAGACAACAGGCACAGCUUGGGAGUGAACUGGGAGCCGUGGAAGGGCCACCUGGUGUCCCUCGACUUCACCGAGAUGAAGAUCCGACCUGUGGGAGCCUCGUCCAGCAGGAAGAGGCGAUCGUUGACGGCCAGAGAGAAGAGCACAACCACAAACCUCCGAAAGAAAUAG